AUGUCGACACGGUUGGUCCGGCGGACGCUCCUCUCUCCUUCAUGGUGCUCCGCGUGUCGUUCACCACGGCAUACCCGCUUUGAAAUCGGCCCGCUUGUCGCUGCUCACCUGUCAACUUCUACAUCAAGCCCUGCGUUACAUGCUAGCAAGGACCAAGACGCGUCUCGCGGCCCACGCCAAACUACUCGUGCCGAGGAAUACCUUGCUUCACUCCGAGCAGCUGGUUUUGAGCCAUCCCUUAAAGACAUUGAACGCUGUAGACCUCGGAAGCACGCAGAGCCCUCGUCGGUCGCGUACAUAACACAGUACAAUGACCUUUUGUCCACGCUGUGCCAUUCCUUUAGUAGAGAGCAGCUUAAACGAUUCGCUCAGCUAUACGGUCUUCCAGCUCAAUGGACUCGUUCGAAUAAGCGCAAGGUUCACUUUGCAGAAGCUAUAAUCGAGCAACAGUGGAAAUGGCCGUCGUUGAAGGAAGCCGAGAAGUUAUACAGAGACAGCACAGAAGAAUGUGUGGAAACAUUCCCCGUCACUCCAAGUCAGCUGUUCCUAAUAUUAGGCAAAGAUGGUGCCGACUUGCUUCAGCUGUCCAUCGGGUACAAGGUCCACAUCGGACUUUCUUCUCAUCCAUUAGCAUUGCGUGUGGAAGGUUUGCGGGGGGACAUCUCGGAGCUCACUCAGGUGAUUAAGUCAUUAAAGCAGGACAUUUUGGAGGAGCGCUAUCAUCUGCCAACUAAGCGACCCAUCAGACAAGACCUUCUUCAACGAAUAUCUCGACUUGCUGGAGCCUAUGUAGAGAAUGUUGACCAAGCAGGACUGGUAAAAGGAGGAUGUUCUAAACAGAGCAAGAACUGA